AUGGGGAUGCUAGAUUUUUUUCUACAGUUCCAUUCUACCUUCUUACUGGGAGCACUCGUGAUCCUCCUGAUUAUCUUUUUCACCUCUUCAUUCAGUUUCAGUACACAGAAGCUUCCAGGACCCAGACCGCUUCUCUUGUUAGGGAACCUGCUGCACUUAGACCUGAAAAGACCCUACUACACAUUACUGGAGUUAUCCAGGAAAUAUGGAUCAGUCUUCACUGUGUAUCUGGGACCCAAAAAAGUGGUGAUUCUGGCAGGAUACAGGACGGUGAAAGAGGCACUUGUUGACUAUGAUGAAGUGUUUGGAGCCAGAAUUUCAUUGAAGGUUUUGGAUGAUUAUAGCCAAGGACAUGGGCUCUUGUGGUCCAACGGUGAUUCAUGGAAGGAAAUGAGGCGCUUUGCAAUGACUAAUCUGAGAGACUUUGGGAUGGGCAAGAAAGCAUGUGAGGACAAAAUAAUUGAGGAAUGUCAACACCUGAUUGACAUUUUUGAGAAUUUUACAGGAGAAGCUUUUCAUACAACCCAUCCAAUUAACUGUGCAGUCUCUAACAUUAUCUGCUCCAUUGUCUAUGGCAGCAGAUUUGAAUAUAAUGAUCCAGAAUUUACAUCGAUGAUAGAUCGAGUGACUAGAAAUGCUAAAAUUCUGGGCUCUCCUUCCAUACAGCUAUACGACAUGUUUCCAUCACUCUUCAAGUGGACUGCUGAUAGGAAGGAAUUCUUUAAACUGACUGAUGCCACUAUGAAACAAAACAGAGCCAUCUUCAGUCGUUUAAAGGAGACUCUGAAUCCACAAGUCUGCAGAGGCUUUGUGGACGCCUUUCUGGUCCGGAAGCAAAAUCUGGAGGAAUCUGGGAUUACCAACAGUCACUUCCAUGAUGACAAUCUUUUGAUAACAGUCAUGAAUCUGUUUGCUGCCGGCACUGAGACAACAUCAACUACACUGAGAUGGGGACUUUUGCUUAUGGCCAAGUAUCCAAAGAUACAGGAUGAGGUCCAGGAGGAGCUGAGGAGGGUCAUAGGAGACCGACAGGUGCAGGUUGCAGACAGAAAAAACCUUCCCUUCACUGACGCCGUCAUCCAUGAGACACAGAGACUGAGCAGCAUUCUCCCCACCGCACUUCCUCACAAAACCACCAGAGACGUCACUUUUCAGGGUCACUUUAUCGAGAAGGGAACCACAGUGUUUCCUCUCUUGACAUCUGUCCUGCAUGAUCCAGAGGAGUGGGAGAAACCACACAGCUUUAAUCCUGCUCACUUCCUGGACAAAGAGAAGAAGUUUGUCAAGCGAGAUGCAUUUCUUCCCUUUUCUGCAGGUCGCAGGAUUUGUAUUGGAGAGAGUCUGGCCAGGAUGGAGCUCUUCCUUUUCUUCACCACCCUCCUGCAGCAUUUCCGUUUCACUCCUGCACCUGGAGUUUCAGAGGAUGAAUUAACCCUGACUCCAGCUGUGGGCAUUACUCUCGGCCCUUCACCUCACAAACUGUGUGCGGUUUCCAGAAUGUGA